UUGGCUUGGGCUGAGCUUGCAAGCUUUGCUCCGCGCUCCUUUGGAUCUCGCUUUUCGCUUUCUCGAGUGACCGUGGGCUCGUUCCUCUCGCUUCCUGGCUUCGUGGAUGAAGGCAGCUAGCCUCCCGUUGGCCACCCAGCCGGCGAUCGCCUUGCAAGGAAGGAAGCCAGGCCCUGGGAUGCACUUUCCUCCUUGCAGAGGCUCCUCUAUUGCUAGGAAGAUGCUCUCUCGCCUUGGAAGAGGUUGAUCUGCGCCUUCCCAAAUCGGCCCCGAGGAAAAAGACACGCCGACCCUGCAGUGUCGACUCAGCCCUGGAAAAGUCUGGAUUGUUUGGAGGGGUUUUGUGUUGGUGAACUUCUUUUGUGGAUUUGUGGUGUUUGCUGCUGUUGAGCCUUCUUUGGGGGAAUCAAGGAGUUCUCUUCCCUCCUUCUCCAAUGUUUGGGAUUCAAGACACGUUAGGAAGAGGCCCGAUCCUGAAGGACAAGGUGCUGGGAUCGGAGAUGGAUGCGGUCCGGUCCUGGGUCAGGAAUGUCGGCGUGGUGGAUGCCAAUGUGGCGGCUCAAAGCGGCGUGGCUUUGUCCAGAGCCCACUUCGAGAAGCAGCCUCCUUCCAACCUGAGAAAGUCCAACUUCUUCCACUUCGUCUUGGCCCUCUACGAUCGUCAAGGGCAGCCAGUCGAGAUCGAGAGGACAGCCUUCGUGGACUUCGUGGAAAACGACAAAGAACAAGGCAAUGAAAAAACCAAUAAUGGGACCCACUACAAACUGCAGCUUCUUUACAGCAAUGGUGUCAGAACUGAACAAGAUCUCUUUGUGAGGCUCAUUGAUUCAGUCACAAAACAGCCUAUCGCCUACGAAGGACAAAACAAGAAUCCCGAAAUGUGCAGAGUUCUGCUCACUCAUGAAGUUAUGUGCAGUCGUUGCUGUGAAAAGAAAAGCUGCGGGAACCGCAAUGAAACGCCCUCGGAUCCUGUGAUCAUUGACAGAUUCUUCUUAAAGUUUUUCCUCAAGUGCAAUCAGAAUUGUCUGAAAACAGCUGGGAACCCUCGAGAUAUGCGGCGAUUCCAGGUUGUGUUGUCAACAACGGUGAAUGUCGAUGGGCAUGUACUGGCGGUAUCUGACAAUAUGUUUGUUCAUAACAACUCAAAACAUGGACGGAGGGCAAGGAGACUUGACCCUUCUGAAGCCACACCUUGUAUCAAGGCCAUUAGUCCAAGUGAAGGCUGGACCACAGGAGGAGCCAUGGUGAUCAUUAUAGGAGACAACUUCUUUGAUGGGCUACAGGUCGUAUUUGGGACCAUGUUGGUAUGGAGUGAGUUGAUAACUCCACAUGCCAUCCGUGUCCAGACACCCCCUCGGCACAUCCCUGGUGUGGUCGAAGUCACAUUAUCAUACAAAUCCAAACAGUUUUGCAAAGGAGCCCCUGGCAGAUUUAUUUAUACAGCUUUAAAUGAGCCUACCAUAGAUUACGGGUUCCAAAGACUCCAAAAAGUUAUCCCAAGACAUCCUGGUGACCCAGAGAGACUAGCCAAGGAAAUGCUGUUGAAGCGAGCAGCUGACUUAGUUGAAGCACUGUACGGAACACCACACAAUAAUCAGGACAUUAUUCUGAAGAGAGCUGCUGAUAUCGCGGAAGCACUCUAUAGCGUUCCAAGGAAUCCUGGUCAGAUCCCUACUUUGUCUAGUUCUCCAGCUCACAGUAGCAUGAUGGGCAUUAACUCUUACAGCAGCCAGUUAGGAGUCAGCAUCUCAGAGUCAACACAAGGGAACAAUCAAGGUUACAUCCGCAACACAAGCAGCAUCUCUCCCCGAGGUUACUCUUCCAGCUCAACCCCUCAGCAGUCUAAUUACAGCACCUCCAGUAACAGCAUGAACGGCUACAGCAACGUCCCGAUGUCUAACCUGGGCGUGCCUGGCUCGCCUGGAUUCAUUAAUGGUUCUCCCACAGGAUCGCCGUAUGGCUUGAUGUCUUCAAGUCCAACCGUUGGUUCAUCCAGCGCUUCCUCCAUCCUUCCAUUCUCCUCUUCUGUCUUUCCUGCUGUCAAACAAAAGAGUGCCUUUGCCCCCGUCAUCCGACCCCAAGGGUCUCCUUCCCCAGCCUGCUCCACCGGCAAUGGAAAUGGGUUUAGAGCGAUGACUGGUCUUGUUGUCCCUCCAAUGUAAAAGAAGAGGAAUUACUGGAGCCUCUUCCCCUCCUUUUCUUUCUUUCUGUUUUUUACAGCACAAAACUACUUAUUGUUAUGGAGCACUAGAAAGGAGGGAUGAAAACCCAACAAAGCACUACUUGCUGCACUGUUGGUGGAAGCCAUGUGUAGAAGGAGGAGGAAAACUUUUGUAUGGAUCGGACAUGCUAGGAGGAUUCCUUCAUCCGUUCCAGGUUUCAUCUGUACUUACAUCAAACACCGGAGGACACAAAAAGGAGGAACUGGUCAUGAUCCAGAUGUAUGGAUCGAAGGAAUCCAGAGUACAAGGUUUUUCUUACGGACACAAAAGCUUCCUAACAUUUUUAAGAUACUCAAAGGAGGAACAAAUCGGCCGACCGUUCAAGCUUGAUAUUUUCGAUACUCUUUGUUUUACUUUGUAAGGGGGAAAAAAGUUGAAGUUUCUAUUUUCUACGGAGCCUUUCAGAUACCAAUUUAGUUUAUGAAAUCACAAAACAGGGUACCAGCACGGAAGACUUUCUUAUAAAUCUGAGAUGAAUGGCGGGACGUGGAUGUAUGUGUGUAUUUGCUCAUAGUUUAAUCUCUUUUAAAAUGAAGGGUGAAAAAAUGUAAGAUGUUUUACAAUUAUUUAAAUAAAUAAACUUGUAAGUUAUUGUAUGUAGAAGUAGAAAUGGAAGACUUUGGGAGGAGGCUUUUUUUUCCCUGUCUCCUGUUGUACAAUGAACAGCAAAAGCAACACACAGUUUGCAAAAAUGCAGCGACGCGCUCUGAAAGCUAAGAUCUGUCUUCACUCCUCUCCUGCUCCUUAUUGAACCAUGUGCAAGAAUGUCUUAAAUUGUUCAUGAAGGACUCAUCCACAAGCUUUUAUACGCAUAAUGGUAUAUAUAUAUAUAUAUAUACAUAUAUAUAAAUAUAGGACAGUAGUUAAUGUAUGACUAUUAUACACUUUUUCAUCUUUUGAUUCAAUUUAAAGGUAUCAGGUACUGACGUAAGUUGUCUAGUUUCAUACAUCCUAUUGGUAACUAUGUGACAUGUAUGAGCUUCUUUAUCAGGUUUUCUGUUUUUCCCUGUGGAACUGUCAUUACUGUUCAGGUUGCAAUUUGAGCAAGAGGAAACGGGGAAAGACGGAGUCUCCGGUCAGUUGCAUUUCAUACAGUAAAGCUGAAGUCUGCAUAUGCUGCAGAGAGUUUUGACGCUCGAUGACAAACGCUGACAAUCACAGAUAAACUUUGUGAAUUGCCAAAUGCUACCCUAGAUGGGAGUCAACAUUCACUGGCCAUAAUCAUGCGUAGCUUAAUGUAGCAUAGUGAUUCUACAUGUGGAACUAUGCUACACUGUGGAACUAUGCUACACUGAGCCCCAGGACCUACCAUAAAGCCACUAAAGCUCCCUAUCCAUAACUAUUUUUAACCCGGUAGAGAAUGGCAAAAAUCAGAGAAGUGCCUGGCUAUGACCCUAUAUCCAGAUAUGAAUUAAUAUCAUUGUCUACUGAUGUUUACCAAGGUCCUCCAGAGGUCUCAGGACUUGAGGUAUCCCUUUGGAGUCUAAGCUUCAGGGACACAGCCAGAUGCUUCUGUGAUGCGUCUUCCUCUCCUUUAGGCACAAUGGCCAUAGGAGGGGGACUACAGUGGGACAAGCUUUGGUUGCUGCAGGGGAAGAAAGGGAAUACCAACCUCUGCAGUGAUCAAAAAUAGAAAUAUGCAAGCAUAGGGUUAACUUAUGCAUACAUAUGCCACUAACAGCAUGGCAGCCACUGUGUCCUACUUUGGGGUGCAUUUGUAAAAAGAAUUAAUCGUGACUUGGUUCAUGUUCAUAACUGAACGUUGACAGUUAUGACAUUUCAGAUAUUCAGUGGAACAUAAACCUUGCAAGAAACCUGCACCUUUUAAAUACCUGGCAGGAGCAACAAUAAAGAAAACAAACAAAAGUAUCAAUUACAAUUGCAGUAUGCACUUGGCUCCCUGGCAAAACAUUCAUUUUCAGGGGUUUGAUGCAAUGCUCUUCAGCUUUAAAAG